UCAUCAAGCGGCGGGCGGAAUGUCGAUCCAGCGCCCGUGAAGAGCCGGAGGAGAGGAGGAGGAGGAUGGAGGAAUCCAGCAUCCCAUGCUCCACAGAGGAUGGACACCUGCCCAGCUGGAGGUGGAACAGAUCCGCAAGGGAUCAAGUCCAAAUCAAGCCGAAGGUCCGCGAUCUGCCCGGGUUAUUAAAACACGGACUGAACCUGCGCAAAAAGAGCCAGUCACCUGACACCAUCCCAGGACCCAGCACAGGCAUCACACCCAAACCCAAGACGUGCUCUCAGAGUUUCCCUUGUGCUGGACGUGCGCUGAGAAAUGCGUUUCUAUCACAUGGACCAUAUCCAGCUAAAGACAAGAUUCACCUGGCCAGGAUUAUCAGGAGGAGUUAUGUUGGUGUGGAGCUGGUGCAGUGGCUGCUGGAACAGUGUGUGUCGGUUCAGUGUCGGUUAAUGGCAUCACGUGUUUGGCAGGUGCUGCUGGAGCUGGGAAUACUACACUCAGUUGACCAGCGGUUGGUGUUUGAAGACUCUAACACAUACUAUCAGUUCUCGUUCGAGGAGUGCGACACUCAGGGUUGUGAAUUUCGUAAUGAGGAAGAAUGGCAGAAUGGAGUCAGUCUGCUGCUGCAGCUCGUUCCCUAUGUACAGUUCAGAGUCGUCAGUCCACCUGAGGAAGACCCAGACAGAAAGCGAGAUAUAUGCAGCGAGAUUCUCCAGAUGAAAGCGCUGGAGAGACUCACGUCUACAGUACAGAAUGAACUGGCAGCUGCUCUCGCAAGAAAAGCCAAGAAAUCAAUGUCUGUUGACGACAGCUCGGAAGCAUCAGAUCAUUCUCCACAUGAACCCCCAAAAACAACCGAAGACAACAGCAAGCAGGCAGGCGUCUGCGCUUUCCGAGCUCCUGAUGACAUUUCUCGAUUAGAGGUGGUCCAGCGACUGGCCAAAGACGGGUAUCGGUUCCUUCAGAACCAGAAUUACCGGCUCCCGGAACGUUCCGCACAGGCCCAGAGUGAGGGCGUGGUGCGUGUGUGUUUGAAGGAGAGAGGUCAGGACGUGUUGGUUCUCAAGCGAGUUCCAUCAGAUCCUUCGUCUCCACAAACGGCGGGAGUCAAAGACGAGGACGGUGAUAAGAGGUAUGUCGUGGUGUCCGGGACGCCCCACAAGAUCCUGGAGCACCUGCUAAGCGACCUUCGCCUGGAUGAGCACCAGGGGGCGUCGGAGAGCAAAGAGGCGGAAAUGCUUCUGGAUGACUUCCUGUUGACAUAUCUGGUCUUUAUGUCCACCAGUGAGCUCUGUCAAGCCCUGCUGGGACACUACUGUACCAAGCGUGUACUAAGUCGAGGGAAGGAGGAAGGAAAGGAGGCUCUGUACAGGAAGCGGAAGGUAUUGCACCUUGUGUCCCAGUGGAGCGCUCUCUACAAGGACUUCCUGCGAGAAGAGGAGAACGUCAAACUCUUCAUGAAGACGCUGUAUCGAUACGUGCUGGAGGACAUUUAUGAGUUUCCAACACUGGAAAAAGACUUGAAGGAAUUCCAGAAACUUCUGCGACGGAGACACACGGUGGAUGAUUAUUCUCCAAACCCAAAGAAUAAAGCGCACUUCCAGCAAUUGAGUCUGAAGGAGAACAGUGUUUCACUACGACCGUCUCCGGUUGAGAGUAAAGAAGUAACGUGUCAUGUGUAUGUGAGCGGUGAUUCGUAUCUCAGUAUGAGAGUGAAACCUGCCGUAAUUGCACAAGAACUGCUGCACAUCGUCGCUCAACGGAUGGACAGAUCAGAAGAUGACAUGAUGCUGGUGGCCCAGACUUACAGGGGCGAGAAGUGUGUCCUGCAGCCUAAUGACAGAAUAUAUUCUGCAUCUCUGGUGACUUCAGGUAGACUGAUCGCCUGUCGGAGAGAUCACAACGAGAUACUGCCGCCCCUGACUGAGUGUCCAGAACUGGGACAGAAGCCCGUCAGACUGCUGGGUAUCAACACGUGGGACGUAACCGUGGCUCUCACAAACUUCGACUGGAAUCUCUUCAACUCCAUACAUGAGCAAGACUUGAUCUUCUACACGUUCAGUCGUCAGGCCAGCGGCGGACACACGGUGGCGCUGGAGUUCCUGUUGCAGCGCUGUAAUGAGGUCCAGCAGUGGGUGAUGUCAGAGGUGCUGCUCUGUCCGUCGCUCGGCAAACGAGUCCAGCUGCUUAAGAAGUUCAUCAAGAUCGCUGCCCACUGUAAAGCGCAGAGGAAUCUGAACUCUUCAUUCGCUAUCAUCAUGGGUUUAAACACCGCAGCCGUCAGUCGCCUCAACCAGACGUGGGAGAAAGUUCCUGGGAAAUUCAAGAAGCUGUUUUCUGAGCUCGAGUUGUUGACGGAUCCAUCCAUGAAUCAUAAGGCCUACAGAGAUGCAUUCAAGAAGAUGAAACCGCCCAAAAUACCCUUCAUGCCUCUGCUGCUUAAAGAUAUCACUUUCAUCCAUGAGGGGAACAAAACAUUUCAUGAUAAUCUUGUCAAUUUUGAGAAGCUGCACAUGAUUGCAGACACGGUCCGACUCAUCCGCCACUGUCAGACAGAUCAAACAGGAAAUGAGCUUUCGCAGUGUGACAGUCCUGAGGUGCGAUCGAGUGUCCAUUGCCUGCACAUCAUUGACAGUCAGCAGACACUGUUUGAACUGUCUCACAGACUGGAGCCCCGAGUCUAACAGCAUUCACUGCAGCUGCGGCAGCACAAACAGAUCGAACUGCUAAAACACAAGACAGCAGCUUCACUGGACAGAGACACUUCGAACAAUUCCAGCUCCCAGCACUGACUGAACGGACACUGUUUGUGGGAUUUGUUGGAUUGCACCAGCGGGCGACACUUUCACAGCCAAAUAAGGGAGAACUGUACAGUAUAUUGACCUGUUUGAGCACACAGGUUUUUAUUUCGAUGUUUAUAAAACGUUUCAUGACAGAAUUUAUUGUUGGUUGAUCGAUCUAUUCCUGUACGCAACAUAAAGGAAACGUGUCAACAUUUUCAGCAUUUGUUUUGUUGAAAUGCAGUUGUCGAUGUUAUUUAAUGUGGCUUUUAAUUAUUUUGACUGAUAUUUAUGUAUGAUUUUAUUAUUUCAGACAGUUAGGGCUGGGCGAUGUAGCUAAAGAAUUAUGUCUUGAUAUUGUUUUAGCCUUUGACGAUCUUGGUAUUUAUUUAUUUAUUUUGAAAUGGAUUAAAAAGGUGAUUUGUUUUCAAUCAGGACAACAUCAUUCAAACUAAACAGCCAUUGUUGCCAAGUAAAAUCUACUUAGUAGUUUCAAAAUGUUUAAUGCCUUAUAUAAUAAUAAUAAAAAUAAACGAGUUUAGAAAUUAUUUUUAAAAGGUUUGAAAGGCACAUUUUGUAAGUAAAGAACGGGAAUAAUGUAAUCAGUGUAUUUAGUCAUAUACACCAAUAUAACAAUAAAUAAACAGCAAUAUUAAUAACAUGUUUAUAGAAGAUUUUUAACAAAAUAAAAGCCAUUUAUGUGAACAUUUUUAGUGAUAACGCAAACCAAUCAUUUUUGAAUAGAUUCAUUGAAUAGUUUGAUGCGAUUCACGAAGAUGAAUCAAACUAGCCAACUCUAACGCCAUUUUUCUACUUGCGUUUAAAUCGUAAAACUAACGUAAUGACAAAUAAGUUGAUUCUUAAUGGCCUAAUGUAAAGUGCAUAAACAUGCACAUCAUGCUUCAUUUUAUAUUGCUUCAUAAAGUCAUCGCAAACCAUUAUUCAAUAUAUCGUCCAGCCCUACAGUACACGUGAUAAACGCAGACUGAACGAACAAUAUAAACAGGUGUCAAAGGUCAUGAUGAUGUCAUAAUGAGCCAUGUGCUCACCUGAUUUUGAAUCUUGAUCCAAUUCAAUACUGUAAUGUAAUUACUUAAAGUCAAAAAAGAAGUGUAAUGCAUUGCAUUUUAAAUUACUGUAAUCAGAUUACAAUUAUUGACUUUCAAUUAAGUCAUUACUUUUGAAAUGGGUUAUUUUUAUUGAGAAACUUGCCCAAUACGGAUCUUGAUAUGACAAGAUCAUUUUGAGAGGUUUUUUGUUUGUUUGUUUGUUUUAUGUUUUAUAUUUCAUUUUAUAAAUUUUUUCCAAUUUUUGAUAAAUGUGACUGCAGCCAGUUUAAUGCCUAUUUUUUGUGGCAUACCAACAACUGAAUACAGUGGCCUGUCAGUAUUAUUUCAAACUCUUUUUCUUUUCCGUAUGUUUGAUGGUCGAGACUCUUAGUUCGUGUGCUGGAGUUGGCCCGUAACUGGUGUGGCUGCUCUCUGAUGUCAUUGCAUUUGUUUAUAUUUACAGUACUGAAACUCUUGUGUGAAUAUCAUUUCCAUUUUAAAGUCAUUCUAAAGUUACAUGCAUGCAUAUUGUAUUUGCACUUGCAUCUUUGUUUGUACAUUAUUGUAAGAAUGUAUAUACUGGAUACGUUUAUAUGAUUUGCAUACACACGUUUCUGUGCCAAGCACUUAUGGGAGAGAAAUGCAAUAGGAGAACAUUUGAAUAUUGUGAAAUGUUUCUUUAAAAGCCUUAGCUGCCGCUAUGAUUCCCAAUUUGUUCCGGAAGUGAAAUGUCUCAGUGCACAGACGUUCGUUUUCACUUUUUAAGCAAAUAGUUCUUCUAAAAAUUGUGUUCUGUCAUCGUUUACUCACUCUUGUGUCGUUACAAACCCAUAUGACACCAACAGAAACAUGUGACUUUAGAAGAGCUGGAAUAAAGUGCACAAGUCGUAUCAAAAACUUUUAUGAUAAGUUUAUAGUGGUGGCGGUGUAGUGGUCUAAAGCACAUAACUGGUAAUCUGGUAAUCAGAAGGUUGCUGGUUUGAUCCCCACAGCCACCACCAUUGUGUCCUUGAGCAAGGCACUUAACUCCAGGUUGCUCCGGGGGGAUUGUCCCUGUAAUAAGUGCACUGUAAGUCGCUUUGUAUAAAAGCGUCUUAUAACUUUUGUGUCAUUUUUGAAACUUGCAUGAAAAAAGCAACCUGUUCAAUCUUUAAAAAUUGCCCUUUUGUGUUCCAAAGACAAAAGAAAGGCAUACGGGUUUGGAACAACAUGAGGGUGAGUACAUGAUGAUAAAAUUGUAAUUUUUGGGUGAACUAUUCUAUUAAAUGGGUUUGAAUUGACGUCAACAUUUUGCAGUUUCAUUCUUCGAGUGGAUUUCAUCAUUGCAUUUCUUUUAAGACGCCUCAUUUCUUUAAACAUUUAAAGGAAUAGUUCACCCUAAAAUGGUGAACAUUAUUAUUCAUUAUUAUUAUUCUGCCAUUAUUCACUUACCCUGAUGCCAUCACAGAUGUGUAUGACUGUCUUU